AACCCCUCCACUCACUCACCUCUCCUCCCCCUCGACCUCCCCGCCGCGCCACCACCUCCUCCUCCUCCAAGCUCUCCACCCCACGCACUCCGGAAGCUUCUAGAACCUCCGGCCUCCCCUUCCCCCGGGGGAACCUUCUCGCCUCCCGCCGCCAUGCAGAGCGCCGCGGCGGCGUUCGGCCUCGUCCGGCCGUGCCCCGCGCGGCCGCCGCUCCAGCUGGGCCCCGGCAGCAGUAGCUGUCGUCCCAUCCUGCUCCAUGCCCGGCCCCUCGCCGCCGGCAUCGCCUCCUCUUCGCGAGGGCCCGCCGCCGUGGCGGCGCGGUCGCUUGGGCGGCUGCUGCUGCUGCCGCCGCCGCCGCCGAUCUCGCCGGACCGGGCGGGGAGGGGGAGGGCGCGCCACGUGGCGUGCGGCGCGGCGGCCGGGGACGCCAAGGCGGAGGAGGAGGAAAGCGGCCUCGCCAAGACGCUGCAGCUCGGCGCGCUGUUCGGGCUGUGGUACCUCUUCAACAUCUACUUCAACAUCUACAACAAGCAGGUCCUGAAGGUUUUCCCAUAUCCAAUAAACAUUACAACAGUUCAAUUUGCUGUUGGUACUGUCGUUGCUUUGUUCAUGUGGAUCACUGGUAUCCUUAGGAGACCAAAGAUUUCUGGUGCACAGCUCUUUGCCAUCCUUCCUCUAGCUGUGGUCCAUACUAUGGGCAAUCUUUUCACUAACAUGAGCCUGGGGAAGGUUGCUGUGUCAUUCACACAUACCAUCAAAGCUAUGGAACCUUUCUUUUCUGUUCUCCUCUCUGCAAUUUUCCUUGGCGAGUUGCCUACAGUUUGGGUGAUACUUUCACUUCUUCCGAUUGUUGGUGGUGUAGCAUUGGCAUCUCUUACUGAGGCUUCCUUCAACUGGGCUGGGUUUUGGAGUGCAAUGGCUUCAAAUGUCACCUUCCAGUCAAGGAAUGUGCUGAGCAAGAAACUCAUGGUUAAAAAGGAGGAAUCUCUUGACAACAUUAAUCUUUUCUCAAUCAUAACUGUGAUGUCAUUUUUCCUUUUGGCCCCUGUUGCCUUCCUAACAGAAGGCAUCAAAAUCACUCCUACAGUUUUGCAAUCUGCUGGUCUGAAUGUAAAACAGGUGCUUACAAGGUCUUUACUUGCUGCACUUUGUUUCCACGCGUACCAACAGGUGUCCUACAUGAUCCUCGCGAGGGUGUCUCCUGUCACUCACUCCGUGGGCAACUGUGUUAAGCGUGUCGUGGUCAUCGUAACAUCGGUUUUGUUCUUCAGGACUCCUGUUUCUCCUAUCAACUCCCUCGGCACUGCCAUCGCACUUGCCGGAGUUUUCCUGUACUCACAACUGAAGAGACUGAAGCCCAAGCCCAAGGCUGCGUAACUGAAGCAUGCAGUUGCCAUCUUAUUGUAGCAGUCUUUCCAAGAUGAAUUGUCGUAGCACACGUUUGGAAAUUUAUAGUGCAUUUAGUGUAGAGGGAAGCUGAACAUGUUCACGUUGAAGCUAAGUGUAGUAGGAUCAUGUAUGUGGUCUAACUCUUACAGUUAAAGCAGGGUUUUGAAGUACAUGAGCAGAUUUCCGUGCGUGUUGUUGCAAUAAAGUUUCGGCUUCAAUUAAUGCCCAUCAAAAUAAUUAUUAUUCUAGAA